CACAACGUCCCCUCCUUUCCCCAGAUUUAGCACUAAUCUGAUCCUUAAUUUAAUUAAUCCCAAAAGGAGUUGGACUAAUAAUAGUUGGAUCCAAUCCCUCGCCUCAUUAAUUACGCUUUCCUCCCAUCCAUUGCCUCUACGUGAUGAUGCAAUUGAAAUACAAAAACAAAAUCUUGAAUUUCUUGAUCCUCCCUUGUUAUCCGGAGGAGUUAUAAACGCCACCAAACAACCCUUCUCUCCAAGAAACCAUAAGAUUCUCCGACGCCAUUUUCGCUAUCCUCGAGCUUCUUGAAGCAGGGACCAUCCAACCCUUACCAAGCUGAGAUCUAGAGGGAAAUCGAAUCUGGGUCUUCGUUGAAAUCCCCCACAUUCUCCUGGGAAAAUCAUUGAAUGUCCCCCAGAUGAAGCAAAUGCCGCAUCUCGACGAUAUUCCUUCGACUCCCGGCAAGUUUAAGAUGGAUAAAUCGCCCUACUUCCACCGUGCGCGGUGGCAGUUGUCCGUCGCAAAGCUCGCGUUCUGGUCACUUGUGUUUAUGGGCUUGAUCUUCAUCUUCUUCUACCGAUCUCCGUCAUCGAAUCCCAUCUCUGUCUCCGUCGGCCCCCACGUCUCUGCCGCUCUGAAACGCCGCGGCGACGGCGUUCUAGGGCUGGACAACUUCAACGACUACUACGAUCCAUCGCUGAAGAGAGCUCGGCAAGCACUUCUCGAGCGAAGCGGAGUGUUCAUCGUCGAAGGGGACAUCAACGAUUCAGCUCUUUUGAAGAAGCUCUUCGAGGUCGUUCCGUUCACCCACGUGAUGCAUUUGGCCGCGCAAGCUGGAGUGAGGUACGCAAUGGAAAACCCGAGCUCGUACGUUCACAGUAACAUUGCGGGUUUCGUGAAUCUGCUCGAAGUGUGUAAAUCCGCUAAUCCUCAGCCAGCGAUUGUGUGGGCGUCGUCUAGUUCAGUCUACGGCUUGAACACCAAAGUGCCCUUCUCGGAAAAGGACAGAACGGAUCAACCGGCUAGUUUGUAUGCUGCAACUAAGAAAGCUGGCGAAGAGAUUGCUCACACAUACAGCCACAUAUACGGUCUCUCUCUGACGGGAUUGAGGUUUUUCACGGUGUACGGGCCUUGGGGAAGGCCAGACAUGGCAUAUUUCUUCUUCACGAGGGAUAUUCUGAAAGGGAAAGCGAUAUCGAUAUUUGAGGGGGCAAACCAUGGAACGGUAGCGAGGGAUUUUACGUACAUUGACGACAUAGUGAAGGGGUGUUUGGGGGCUUUAGACACGGCAGAGAAGAGCACGGGAAGCGGUGGAAAGAAGAGAGGGGCGGCUCAGUUGAGGGUAUUCAAUUUGGGGAACACAUCACCAGUGCCGGUGAGUGAGCUGGUGAGCAUACUGGAGAGGCAUUUGAAAGUGAAGGCGAAGAGGAACGUAAUGAAGCUGCCGAGGAAUGGGGAUGUGCAGUUCACGCACGCCAAUAUCAGCAUGGCUCAGCGAGAGCUCGGGUAUAAGCCCACGACGGAUCUUCAGACGGGGCUGAAAAAGUUUGUGAGAUGGUACAUGGGUUACUACAAUGGCGGAAAGAAAGCUUCUGCGUAGGUACGAUUGUUUCCUUAAACACUUUGUGUUUGCCCUUUGUCCCGUAUACGUUAGUUACUCCAAUUGCUCUCCGCCAAUUGAAUUGUAUUAGAACGAAACAAUGCGUCAUUUGUUCUCUCCGUUUCAAUUUAAGAUUAUGAUGAUUAUUGUUUUCUUUCAA